AACGAAUUUGCCACGCCUUGUCUUGCUGCUGCUCCCGCCCUUGUCUGCACUGCUGAGAGUGACGGGCUGCACUGCUGGUCUGGCAAUGAAGCUCACCAUCGCUGGCUUGCUCGGCUUCCUCAGCUGCUCUGUAACGGUAAAGACCUACCAAGGGACACCACACCCUGCCAAAGAGGCCAGCCAGCGGUGCAUCUCUCAUCUCAUACGUGUGCAACGCCUGUGUCUGUCUCUCGCGCCUCUUGUGCCUCCUGUGCAGGCCUUCGUCUCCCGCCCCCCCUCACCAUCUUCGUGGAGGCCAUCGGGCAGCCUUUCACCCCCCCGCCACCUCCACCGCCCCUCCAGGACACACCUGAGGAUGCAGGAGACCCAAGUGGAGGAGAGACCUGCGGCCGUCGAGGCGCCCAGCGAGCCGGAGGCGGCGGCAGAAGCGCCGAAGAAGGCGGUCAAGAAGGGCAAGCAGGCCACCUUUGGUCUGUUCUCGCCGGCGGUGCUGAUUGGCAAGCUGGUGUUGGGCGACAAACAGCUCAACAAGGUGCGGGGGAAGAUCAUCGCCUUGCACAGCCAGGUGAUAACGCAGUUUUGCGACUUCACGGGGGCGCAGCGGAGCAUGCGGCAGCGGCUGAUCAAGAAGGCCAAGACGACGGGAGAUAGACUGGGCAUGCUCAUCUAAAUGGAUCCGACUGGGAAGAAGAGAGGGAAGGGAGGGGUCUUUGUCGAUGGGUCUGCCUGUCUGCCUGCCUGCCUGGUGCUGCGUGUCAUGCCGGCUGCUGAUCGUUGUGUCUGCAAGCUGGUUGCCUCUCUGUCUGUCAACGGUGCUAUCUAUGUGUGUGUACAAUUAUUAUUCUUUCCUUUGUUUUGUUCUCUCGGGCGCUGCGAUGGCCAGACGUCAGGAGGGAACACAGACAGACAUACAUGUGUGUGUUCUACGGCACGAUGUGCGUGUGUCAGGCAGGGGUACACCACAAACUCACACCCGCAACAUACAUAUCUGCGUGUGGCUGGCUGUGCGCUUGGGAUCCAAUCACAGCCCUUUUUGGUGCCCGACAAUGAUUGAUGUGUGUCGAGUGGCUGACUGAUGGACGAGAG